AUGGAGAACGAGAUCCCUCUACCUCCCCCGCCUCGUAUCCGCCACCGCUCUCCAACAAAGACCGCGCCCGCCUCCUCCGGUGCCGGCUCCUUUCGCAAGACCUACCAGCUGUCGCGCUUCGAUGACCGUUCCAGCCAACCUUCCAGCGACCCCGCGUUCUUCUCGAGCGACGACAUCCCCGCCUCCGGGCUAGAGAACUACAAUGCGCCCGUGGCUUCGGGGAGUCGGAAACGACGAUACCGAGGCACGUGGUGGGGGGAAAUGGUGAAGGAUCCGAAGCGCAAGCGGGCGGAUUUCAAAGACAAGCGCAUGGUCGAUAGUGGUGUGUGGAUGGGUAGCGAUGAAUCUGGUGCCGAUUCGCUGCUGCCCUCGGAAGAUGCGGCUUGGGGGGAGGAUUUGUUGAAGGAUACGAAGAGUUCGGGAUUGGGGUUGAGACCCCUGGGGCAGAUGACGGUGCAGCAACGGGCUCCCUUCCUGAGGUCGGAAGAGUCGAGGGAGCAUCAGUUGGCGCGGGCCAUUGUCAAUGAUUGUCUGGAAAAGGGGCAAGACAGUGUUGACUUAAGUAGUGGAAAUUUGCGCACAAUUCCCUGGGGCUUGCUGCGACCAUUGCAACACCUUACAAAGCUACCUGCUAUAAAGGAGCCCCCAAUCUCCGAAGAGGUUUACAGCUCACUCGAACCUUUUCUGCGCCUGUUUCUGGCGGGAAACUCGCUUACAGCUAUCUCCGGCGAGCUAUUCGAUCUGGGAUCGCUCAAAGUGCUCAGUUUGCGGAAUAACAAGCUGACAGAAAUUCCUCCAGCGGUCAGGAAACUGACCAUGCUACAAGAAGUCAAUCUUUCGGUCAACCGCCUGAAGUGUCUCCCCUGGGAAUUCCUGUGGCUGAUCAAGAAAGGCGACUUGAAGCACUUGACAGUCCGGCCGAAUCCGUUGCUGCAGAUCGAAGAGGCAGAUAUUGCCCAAUGGCAUUCGCCUGAGGGAACAGACCCAGACUCUCCCCAAGGAGCUCUAAGGCUCUGCGAGUAUCAAGGGCCCGCGCCGGAAGAAGCCUGGGCCCCAAUCCAUGUGGCUACCGGCCGCGUGCGUCGCUUUAACAUGGAGGGCCUGCCAGUUGGAGAGGGUCAAACCAACACCCUGUACAUGAACAGACCAACCGAACCCCAGUCCGAGUCUCGGGUUCCUUCCCUGCGCGAAGUGUCUCUUCUUUCUUUCAACAAAUCCCCGUUCUUCGAUCAGAUCCCCGACUCGGAGAUGGAGGACUACCCGGAACUCAUCCUCCGGCUGCUCCGCCAGGCAAGGGCCGUCCGGGACGGCGGGGGACGGUCCUGCUCAGUUUGUCACCGGAGUUUCGUGAUCGCUCGCACCGAAUGGAUUGAAUGGUGGGAUUGCAGCACGUACGAGAACGGACUGAAGGGACCGCGGUGUCCAGGCGAGACACUCCGGCCUCUCCCAUUCCGUCGAUUGGGGUGCAGCCCGCUGUGCGUCCCUGCGGCGGAGCAUUUCCAGCCAGACGAGGUGGACACUCGGUUAGUGGAUUCGGAGCAGUAA